CGUAACCUCCAAAAGGGGAAUUUUCCAGCUGGUAAUUUCUGCUGCGUCAACACCCAGCUCAAGGGAGAGGAGAAGAGACAAGGGGGCAUUUUAACAGCAGCUCCACUUGCGGAUAGCCAGCCUCAAUCCCGGCUCCAGCAUUAAAACCCUUUCCGCCCCCUAAAAUCCAGCAUCCGUGCAAGUUGGACCAAGAGUUUGUCAGGAGUGUGGUUCAAAACUGCUUGGAAAAAGGGAUGAGGACAUCUGAUGAACCUUCUGGAGCUUCUUACCAGAGACCAUUUUCCUCUCUUCAUUGAAACAUGCACUGUCCAGCUGUGAAACAUUGCAAGGUUUAUUUUUGCUAACAGGAAACACUUUCAAGUAUCGUUCUGUCUUUCUCCUACAAGAGUUCACUCCAGUGCUGUUGGAAGGUUACAAACAGGGCACUACCUGUGCUGCCCUGGGGUGUUGAUGUCCUCAGCUGUUAUAGGAGAAACACUAGACCUGGAACCCAGUUUGUUACUGGACUUGUGGAAGAGGAAACAUAAAGAUCUCCAAAUGAAUAACCGAAAGGAAGAUAUGGAAAUUGCUUCCCACUACCGUCACCUGCUGCGGGAGCUGAACGAGCAGAGGCAGCACGGGAUCCUCUGCGACGUCUGCAUCAUCGUGGAGGGCAAGAUCUUCAAGGCUCACAAAAACGUCCUCCUGGGGAGCAGCCGCUACUUCAAAACCCUCUACUGCCAGGUCCAGAAAACCUCUGACCAGGCCACAGUCACUCACCUGGACAUCGUCACUGCCCAGGGCUUUAAGGCAAUCAUUGACUUCAUGUAUUCCGCACACCUGGCGCUGACCAGCAGGAACGUCAUCGAGGUGAUGUCGGCUGCCAGCUACCUGCAGAUGACAGACAUCGUGCAGGCCUGUCACAACUUCAUCAAAGCAGCUCUGGACAUAAGCAUCAAGUCUGAUGCCUCGGAGGAUCUCGUCGAUUAUGAGCUGGGAGCCCCUUCCAGCAGCAGCACGGACGCUCUGAUUUCGGCAGUCGUGGCUGGCAGGAGUAUAUCCCCCUGGUUAGCUCGGAGAACGAGCCCGGCAAACUCCUCUGGGGACUCAGCCAUUGCCAGCUGUCACGAGGGAGGGAGUAGUUAUGGGAAAGAGGAUCAAGAACCAAAACCAGACAGCCACGAAGACAUUUCGUCCCAGUCUCUCUGGGCUAGUGACAUGGGCUAUGGGUCUUUGCGAAUCAAAGAGGAGCAGGUGUCACCGUCCCAUUACGGAGGGGGUGAGCUGCAUUCUGCCAAGGAUAGUGCAAUACAGAGUGGGUUCUCAGAGCAAGGAGUGGGGGAUGGCUGGCAGCCCACGGGCCGCAGGAAGAACAGGAAAAACAAAGAAACUGUGAGACAUAUUACACAGCAAGUGGAGGAUGACAGCAGGGCAAAUUCUCCCGUGCUGCCCCUUUUACCUGCCUCAGGAUGGCCGUACAGCAGUCGAGACCCAAGCGCUGAUGCGGCCGGGCCGGAGCCCAGCAGCUCGGACAGCAGCAGAGUGGAGCGACCGGACCCCUACGGCACCGUGGAGGAAUCGCUGCUGGCAGGGGAGUCCAGCUACAUCCACCAGCCCCUGACUCCGGACAAGGAGGACGCGCUCCAGGCCGCCACCGUGGCCAACCUUCGAGCGGCUCUGAUGAGCAAGAACAGCUUGCUGUCGCUGAAAGCCGACAUGCUGGGCGAGGACAGCUCGCUGCUCUUCGAGUACCUCCCCAAAGGCACGCACUCGCUCUCCCGGCCUGGCACCAACUCGAAUCGUUCAAGGGGUGAAAGUGAUGGCAAAGUGGAAGCACCAUCUCCCCUGCUGCCCUCAGCACACCUUGCCACUCAGAGCCCCCCCAGGAUCUGCUCUUCUGGUGAAAUGUCACCAGAAACUGGGAUAAAAGGAGAGGUGCCUUCCUCAACCCAGGCCACCUACGAUGGAUUUCUGGCACUUUGGCAGUUUGAUAAUUCUGACUCAGAUUCGAGUUUCCCGAGAUCUGAAGACACGGAUGUCGCCGAUGGGGCGUUCCUGGAUUCGGCCCUGGCCAAGAGGCUGACCUGUGGCUUCUGCAGGAGGGUGUUCCAGUGUGCUGAGGAGCUGAAGGAGCACAUCCACGAGCACGCCUUCUCCAUGCUCCUCCCGCUCGACGUGCUCCACUGCUCCCGGCCCGGCCUCACCGACGGCGUUGCUGCCGGCCAGCUCGGCCGCUUCCAGUGCUCCAAGUGCCCCGCCAGCUUCACUCUGAAAUCCAACAUGGAUCGGCACGAGAAGACCGUCCACUUCCACUUCAACGAGUUCACAGUCAUCAGGAAGAAGUUCAAGUGCCCGUACUGCAGCUUUUCUGCCAUGCACCAGUGCAUCCUGAAGAGACACAUGCGGUCCCACACGGGAGAGAGGCCCUAUCCCUGCGAGAUCUGUGGGAAGAAGUUCACCCGCCGGGAGCACAUGAAGCGCCACACCUUGGUCCACAGCAAAGAUAAAAAAUACGUCUGCAAGGUUUGCAACCGGGUGUUCAUGUCGGCGGCCAGCGUGGGGAUCAAGCACGGCUCCCGCCGCCACGGCGUCUGCGCCGACUGCUCCGGCCGCGGCAUCGCCGGCCACCUGGACCACAACGGGGGAGAAGGGUCCCCAGACGAGUGUUACCCUGGGGAAGGGCAGUACAUGGAAGACCCAGAUGACAUCAAAGUGGAAGGAGAUGAAGAGAUGGGAGACGACGACGACAUCAAGUGGAAGGAUGACGUGGGGAUGUCACAGGAUGAUGUGAUUUUAGAUGAUGACAAAGAUGUCGACUCCCCGCAGGAGCAGGACAACUCUGGGGAGAAUGACAAGGAUUUUACCUGGAUUUCUUAGGGAUUAUUUUUUGUUUGGUUUUUUUUUUUUUGUUUCACUCUGUUGUUUGUAGGGGG